AUGAAUGAUGCUGGAACCAGGGAUGUGGGUAUAGAGACGAGGGGCGGGAAAGCAGAGGAGAGAGGAGAGCCCAUGGCACCGCGGCUAGCCGCAACGGGGGAUGACUUGUCCGCAAUCUCCCCCGCGAGGCGAGUCUUGCUUGAUAUCCUUCCGCGUUGGUGGAUAGCUGAUUACCCUAUCCAUGGCAACGGCGAAGGGCGCAAUAGGCGAGAAGGAAACAAAGAGUGCUACGCAAACCUGCCCGUGUCUGAGACGCAUGUGGCCUUCGAGGGGGUCGAGUCAUACGCGGUCACCCCCGCGAGGCGAGUCCCACCAACCAUAACCCCUGUGAGCAGUGCUGAUGCAUUUGUGCUCGAAGCGAGCCCGGACGAAAAGACCCUGUUCACACGCCUCACAAACCCAUUCAUGACAGAGAGGGUCCAGAAAAUCGUCGAACUUGUCGAGAUUGGGCUGGAUGUGUCCACAACAGAAAGGGAGACCGCCCGUGCACUGGUUAAGGAGUACACGGACAUCUUUGCGCUGGCGGUCAGCGAAGUGAAAGCAGUGCCCGGUCGGAAAUACUCCCCGAAAAUCCCCAAAGGCCAUGACUUUGGCACCAAGACCGUGAAUCAGCGCCCAAUGUCGCCGCCACAACUUGCGUUCCUUACGAAGCAAGUCGACGAAUUAGUUGCUGCUGGCAUCCUCAGACGCAUUGAUGCCAAGGACGUUCGUUAA